UUUGCAGAUAACGCCCUUUAUAAGAUUAUAGUAAUAGAGUUGAUGGGUUGUAAUUGUUCGUAAUUAUGCACUUGUACCUGCUCUCAAUUCCUCGUCUUCCUCGAACAACCAUUCUUCAGGCGAGGCCAUCGGUCCAUUAUGAAGAUGCUCAGACUCAAAAAAGGACUAAAAACACUCUUCCACGCCUCCCUCUUCCUUCUCACGUCAAAUCUAUUACAAGCCCUUCCAACCCCUUUGUCAAACAUUGUCUCAAGCUUCGCCAGAGCUCAACUUAUCGCCAUUUUCAUGGUUCUGCCCUCGUCGUUGGAACCACCCCAAUAAGUGAAAUAUAUAGAUUUCAAGAUUCAAUCCAGGGAGCAACUACAAUGGAUUGUUUGCUUUUGCUUGAUGGAACUGAGGUUCCCAAAGAGUUAUGCAACUCCUCCAUCCGUAUUGUGUAUGUGAGUCCUAUGGUGAUGAAAAAACUUUCUGGGGUGCAAUCAAUUGAUUCUAUCAAAGCUGCUGCUCUGUUGAGACUUCCUCCUAGUUUCCACGAUAUUGAUGACAAACAAAUAGAAGAAAAUUGUAGGAGGUGGUUCCCUUCCCCUCAUAGAGUGCUGGUCCUUGAUGGGAUCCAGGACCCUGGUAACCUAGGUACAUUACUAAGAUCUGCAAUGGCCUUCAGAUGGGAUGGUGCCUUUUUGCUGCCUGGCUGCUGUGAUCCUUUCAAUGACAAAGUGCUCCGAGCAGCCCGAGGAGCUUCGUUUCAGCUCCCUAUUAUUUCUGGAAAUUGGGGUCAUCUAGAAACUUUGGCAAUUGAAUUCAAAAUGAAGUUGUUGGCUGGACACCCAGAGAUUACUACAGAAUUGAAGUCGUCAUCUUUGCUCUCACAGAAGCUUGUAGACUCUUUGGCAGAUAAUCCUUUGUGUUUGGUCUUGGGGAGUGAAGGGCAUGGUCUAUCAGAACAAGCUAAGCAGGUCUGCGAGCUUGUAAGCAUUCCAAUGGCGGGGAAGUUUGAAUCUCUUAAUGUUUCUGUUGCAGGUGGGAUUUUUUUGUUUAUGCUUCAGCCUGAUAACCAGGGAUGUGUAUGACUUUCUCUUUUUUCACUAUUAAAAUGGGUUCUUUCCU